CGCCAGAACUGCUGUGGCAUUAGUUUCUGCUAACAGGUUAUGGGCCCAGAGUAUUUGUUUUACUCGCCGAAAGAAACAUCGCAACGUACCGCGUGUCCGGUGAGAGUUUGUGUGAUAUACUAGAACCAUGAGUAGACGGGUCGCCGAGUCAAGUAGUCGAUGGUCUCGGCUAAUUUUUGAUGGAGAUGAAAAGAACUAUGAGCUGUGGGAGACAACAUUUUUCAGCCAUCUUCGGUUGCAAGGUCUAAAAGAUACAAUUUUAAAAGAGCCCGCAGCCGACGAAGACGAUGCCGAGGAGAAAAAUGCGGAGGCAUAUGCAGAAUUAAUCCAGUUCCUCGAUGAUAAGAGUUUAUCGCUGGUGAUGCGUGAAGCAGCGGACGACUGACGAAAAACGUUAAAGAUUCUGAGAGACUAUUAUGCAGAGAGAAAGACAAAUCUGCCAUUUACUGCAACGUUUAAAUGGAUGUGAAAGAGGAGACAUGUGAGGCCGACAUGAACAUCAAGGAGGAGUGGACCAUAAAUGUUAAGGAGGAGGACUGUGAGUGGGAGACUGUCCACCCCAAACAAGAGAGUCUGGACAUCAAGGAAGAGGACAGUGAACUGGGGUCAGUAAAUAUUAAAGAGGAGGAUGAAGAGGAGUGUAUCAGCACUGAGAUGCACAACUAUAGGAGUAUGGAGAUUGUUAAGGAAGAUGAAUUUCAUUCUAGACAUCAAGAUGGAGCAGUGACCGGGUUAGUCUCUUCUCAUAGCAGACACUCUUCUUCUCCAGAGUCUUCUAUCAAUGUAAAAUAUGAAUCAUUACAGUCUGACAGAAAGACGAGUGAAGAUGUUUCAUCUCCUAGAACACAGGAAGGUCAGUUACCACCUAAGUCGUCAUCUGAAACAAGAAUCAAACUUCACUACUGUUCUGAAUGUGGCAAACAGUUUUUACAGAGACAGAAUCUUCAGCGCCACCAAAGAAUUCACUCGGGAGAGAAGCCAUAUUGCUGUUCUGAAUGUGGGAAACAAUUUUCGCACCGUAAUACUCUCCUGAUACACAUGAAAAUUCACUCAGGAGAGAAGCCAUAUUGCUGCUAUGAAUGUGGCAAAAAGUUUUCAUGGAAAAGCUAUCUUCAGAGCCACCAAAGAAUUCACACAGGGGAGAAGCCGUAUGAGUGUUCUGAAUGUGGCAAAAUGUUUUCACAGAGAAAGUAUCUUCACAGCCACCAAAGAAUUCACACAGGAGAGAAGCCAGUUUGCUGCCCUGAAUGCGGAAAACAAUUUUCUGGCAGUAGUUCUCUUCAGAAACACAUUAAAACUCACAAAGGAGAGACGCCAUAUUGCUGUUCUGAAUGUGGCCAAAAUUUUUCACGGAGAAGCUAUCUUCAGAGCCACCAAAGAAUUCACACAGGGGAGAAGCCAUAUUGCUGUUCUGAAUGUGGAAAACAAUUCUCUUGCCAUCGUUAUCUCAAGAGACAUAUUACAACUCACACAGGAAAGAAGCCGUAUUGCUGUUCUGAUUGUGGCAAACAGUUUUCACGGAAAAGCCAUCUUCAGUGCCACCAAAUUAUUCACACAGGAGAGAAGCCCUAUUGCUGCCUUGAAUGUGGUAAACAAUUCUCUCUCAGUAGUUAUCUUCAAAGACACAUUAGAACUCACACAAGAUAGAAGCGGUAUUUCUAUUUUGAAUGUUGCAUAAAGUUUUACAAAGAAGCUGUCUUCAGAGACAUCAAAGAAUUCACAUAAGAGAGAAAAAAAUAUAUAAAACACAGUUCAAUAUCCUAAGCAGCAGUAGAAGAAAGAAUUCCAAAGGUUUAAUGAAAACAAAAAAGAACUAAUUGGGGAAACUACAAAUAAAGUCGUAAAUACACUGCCCAUCUCCAGCAGCUUCAUGUGGACACAGAACUUAACCAUGCAUGGCUUAUGAGCGGCCAACUAAGACCAAAAGGUGAACAGCUAAUCAUACCUGCACAAAACAGUGGCUUGGACACAAGGUGGUUCAGAUCAGAAAUAGAAAAAAAUUGCAAAAAAUAAUCCAUAAUUUUUGCUUCUACUAAAGAGAACUGUAAACAGUCACACAUCUCAUUGCUGGGUGUGAGGUACUGAUUGCUGAAGGAUUAUACUGCACAACACAACAAAAUGGCCAAAUUUAACACUUGAUUAAAUAAAACUGAACUGGAGAGG